AUGGCGAAACCAAAAAGCAAACUGAAAAAUGCACUGAACAGACAGCUGGGGAAAGACCCAAUCCGCGACAAAUUAAAGAAAAUAUCGAGGAGACAACCAAAAAAGCGAGAAUCUAUCGGCGAUGAAAAGAAGGAGGUAGAAGAAUGGGAGGAUGCCGAGGAAGAGGACGAGGAUGACGAGGAGAUACCAGAACUUGUCGAUACUAGUAAAAAUACCAGCAAGAAAUCUGCCGCCGCCGCCGAGGAGAGUGAAGACAAAGACGAAGAAGAAGAAGAGGAGGACGACGACGACGACGAAGAUGACGAGGACGAGGACGAGGACGACAUUGCGCUCUCCGACAUCGACGAUGACGAUCUCGAAGUCCCCGACCUCCUCCCCCAUCAAAAGCUCACAAUCAACAACCACUCGGCACUUACCCAGGUCCUUGAGCGCAUCGCUCUUCCACUAUCGUCUCUCCCAUUUGUCGAGCACCAAUCUGUCACCACCGAUGCUCCCGUUGAGAUCAAGGACGUCGACGACGACCUUAACCGCGAGCUCACAUUCUACAAGCAAGCGCUUGACGCCGUCAACAUCGCACGAAAAAAGCUUACUAAGGAGGGUGUACCAUUCUCUCGUCCAACAGACUACUUUGCGGAAAUGCUAAAGGAUGAUGAGCACAUGGGCCUAAUAAAACAGAAGCUGUUGGAUGAGGCGGCGAACAAGAAGGCAGCCGCUGAGGCGAGGAGGCAGAGAGAUCUGAAGAAGUUCGGAAAGCAGGUGCAGUUUGCGAAGCUGGAGGAGAGAAAUAAGGCAAAGAAGGACACUCUGGAGAAGAUCCAGGUUCUGAAGAGGAAACGACAAGGAGCAGACACAGAGUUUACAAACGAGUCAGACAUGUUCGACGUUGCUCUCGAAGAUGCCGUAGCCUCUUCUGGGCGAAAAGACAAGAGGGACCGAGAUGCGUCCAGAGCUUCAAGGGCAAAGAGGCAAAAGAAAGACCAGAAAUACGGGCAUGGGGGAAAGAAGAGGUUUUCAAAGAGCGGCGAUGCCGAGUCAACCGCUGACCUGAGUGGUUUCUCGGCCAAAAGGAAUAAGUCGAGCUUCGCAGCCGGAAAGAAGAAGCGGCCAGGGAAGAGCAAGAGGGCUAAUGCAAGAUAA